AUGCUUUCAAGUACAUACCAUUGUUAAACUACAACGCCUGACCACUAUUAUGACUUCAGCAAGGUAAAAAGCAUUAAUGGAGUAAAUUAUGUGUUUGACUAAAUUACUAAAGAUGAUCGAACUGCUUUCGGUUUUUUGCCUGAAAGAAAAUGUCCCAAAGGCUCGUCAACUUGGCCUAUACAAGGACCAGAUGGCUUAUAAUUCAGUUAAAAAACUGAUUCCUUAAGACUUGAGAAUUCAAACAACCUCCAAUUGACUAAUAAGUUUUUGAUCGCAGUAUGGGUUAAACUGCCCUAUUGUCAAACAUCAUCAGAUUUUUGCCAGAAGAGGUAAAAUUCAAGAUCAAUGAUUACUUAUUAUUGCAGAUAAGAAAGAUUUUUCACAUAAACAAGAUUUGACUAAGAUGCUCUUUAGUCAACAACUGUUUCUCUAGGUGUAGAAUGGUAAACAGAUAAGCUAAAAUUUGCAACAAGAAUAAAUGCUCCAUCUGUAGGUUCCUCACUUAAUGCUCUUUCUUUUACUUAGCAUCCCAGAUAUAUGGUUGUAAACUCAACCUUACACAAUGCAGGAUGGUAUCUGUUAGCAUUUUCAGCAGAUUCUUCGAAUCCAGGCACUUUAAUAAAGUUUUCCUUAAGAAUCAGAGGAGGACCAACAAAUGGGUAUGAUAAUUAUCUUGAAACAUUAAACAAUUUUGCAUUCUAUGACCCUGAUUCUAAGAAGAGUGACACCUACAUAGGCGCAUAUUGCUAGUCUUAAUCUCACUACCAAUCUGGAUCUUAAUCUACUAUUGGAAGGCUAUACAUUUGGAAAUCAUUUGCAAAUGUCGAUCGUGAUAAUUAAUUCGAUAGAUUCUUCUUUAGAAGUGGAAAUGCUGUUCUCCCUAAAUGCUCUGGGCUGAUCCCAUGCAGCUUUUGUGUUAUAGGCUAGGAACAGUUAACUACAUCUCCUGCAGAUUCUUUGACUCUAAAGUGUACCACAGAAGCUAAUGCAGCAGACCCAAAGAAAAUGCUGUUAACUCACUGGGACUUUGAUGAUGAGACCAAUAUCACCAAGUACAUCUAUGAUAAAUCAGGCAAUGGGUUCAAUCUAAUGAAAGAGCCCUUGGAUGAUUCAUCCUCAAAGGAUGUCUUUAGAAUUUACGGAUAAGGCUAUAUGUUUUAUGGGGAUUCUUAUCUAAAAUCAGUGAAUAAUGCUAACUUCUACAACUUCCCCUAAUUCACAAUUGAGGCGUGGAUAAGGAGAUACUAAGAUACUUUUACCUACCCAACUACAAAUCAAGCAGCUGGGCUAUUUAGAAUCGUAGAUGAUACUGAUUCAACCUUACUAGAAAUAUUCAUAGAUCAAGAAGGCUCAGGAUUUGUAAUAUAAGAUUUAGCAGGCCAGAGAGUAAAACCACUUGCAGCUGCCAAAAUUUUCUUAACUACCAACACAUCAGAUUAGAUUGACUCUAAAUCAUCUUCUUUACUUAAGUAUUCAGAUACUGCCAGGCUCAAAAUCUCGAACAAACGAACAAUGAUAUAUAAGAGCAUAAAGAUUUAUUCCUACGCUCAAUGGUUUGACGAGACUAAUAAUACCUUUAGCAGAACUUGUACUAAGGUAGGGAAUUAAGGUGUUUGUGAUGUGUGCCCCUUAGACACUAAAAAGUGUUUAAGUGCUUGCAACUAGAAUUAGUAUGGACUAAACUGCGCAGACUGUCAUAAAUUCUGUGGCCAUUGCACAGGCCCUAAUAUAACAGACUGUGUUUACUGUAAUAGAGAUGGCAGUUCAAUCAAUAUGUUUCAUUCAAACGCUUAUGGAAACUGCUCCUGUAUCUCUGGCUAUUAUUAUAAUUCAACAACUGAUCAAUGCGAGCAAUGCCAUGCUAACUGUAAGUCUUGUUUUGGGUAGUUGAAAUCUCAAUGCUUCUCUUGCCAAUCAGCUAAAGAUUUUCAUCCUCCCUAUUCUUGUGUUGAUGACUGCUCAGAUGAUUUAGUAGUCAAUGGAACUUCAUUAGGCUUUUUUGAGAGAUCUGAGACUAUAAACGGAAAUAGCGUCAAGUUUUGCAGCAAAUGUCAUCCAUAUUGCAAGUAAUGUUACGGGGACAUGAAUAGUGAUUGUAACACUUGUCAGCCAGACUAUUACAUCAAGGCCACAACAUGUUAUGAUGUCUGCCCUUCAGGUUUCCAAGCGAAUCAAGCAACUAAACUUUGUGAGCCCUGUCACGCUGAUUGUAAAAUAUGCAGUGGGCCACUAAAAAACUAAUGCUUACAAUGCACAGAUUCAACACUUUACCAGUAAAAUGGCAAAUGCUUAGCUAAUUGUGAUGACGGUUUCUAUCCAGAUGGUAACAAAUAGUGUUAAGAAUGCAACAAGGCAUGUGCCAUAUGUACUAGUAAGUUUGCAAGUGACUGCACUGCCUGCAAAAGUGGUUACUAUUUGGAGUGGCUAGGAACAACAUGUAAAACUUACUGUGAUGAUGGCUACUAUCCUGAUUCACUAACAAACUAAUGUCUUAUGUGCCAUUAUUCCUGCGGAACAUGCACAGGUGCUGGUCCAGCAAUGUGCUAAGUUUGUGCUCCUGGAUAUUUAAAGAGCGGCUUAUACUGCGUAACCGAGUGCAAAGAUAGUGAGUAUAUCGUAAACGGUACCUGCAGAUAAUGUGAUCCUAAAUGCUUAACUUGCUUUGGAAUCUCUGAAAAUUAAUGCAACUCUUGUGCAGAAAAUCUCAUUACAAGUUAAGGCUAUUUUAAAUACGAAUCAUCAUGUCUUGAAAAGUGUCCUGAUGGCUAUUAUUAAGAUAACCUUGUGAAAAUAUGCAGGAAAUGCAAACCUGAGUGUGCUACUUGUCUUACCUAUGAUUUUUGCACAUCGUGCAUUUAUGGACCAUAUCAGUUGAAUGAUGGAGAGUGUACCUAUUUUACUUGCUUAGACAACUAGUAUAGAGCCAUAAAGCCCUAACUAUCAUGCUUUGAGUGCGAUUCCUCUUGCAAAACUUGCUAAGGGGAGAGUGAAUUUGAUUGUUUAUCAUGUAAUGCAGAAGAUAAAUUUGUCGCUCAACAGUGUCUAAGUUGCAAUCAACAGCCAGGAAUGACCGAACCGAUUGAUGAUUCUGUAUCAGGCUGUGUCGAAAUUUGUGGGGAUGGCUUUAACUACGGCUCUUAUCAAUGUGAUGAUGGAAAUUUAAUAAAUGGAGAUGGCUGCUCAUCAAUUUGCAUUAUAGAGCAAGGAUUUAAUUGUACUACAGGUACAAAAUUUACACCUAGCGUCUGUAUGGACAAUAAGAACCCUACUCCAAGAAUAAGCUUAAUUGCAUCGAAUAAUUACAUAUAUAUUGAGUUCGAUGAGGAAGUCAUUCUAAGUGAAGAACUGAACACUACUUCAUUAGAUAUAAAGAUUUAAGGCUCACAAGGUAACUAUAAAUUUGAUUGGAGACUAGGAGAUUCUUAUAAAACUGCAGAACCUCUUCAACUGAUUGUAAUUGAGACAAGCAUAUAUCAAUCUUUGAAGGGUAAUGAAAAAGAGAUAGUAAUAGUCACAUUUUAAUCUUCAAGUAUCUAUAAGGAUCCCACAGGAAACGGAAUGAAUGUAAAGCCAAUGUAUGCCUAUCUAAAUAAAUAUGAUUACAUAGAUCCUGAGACUAAAGCUAAAUUAAAUGCAGCAGGGGAUACUUCAAUGCUCGCAACAUUUGGUGCUGUUGCUAUUAACCUUGCAAUAUCUUUAGUCUUUGGAGGCUCUAUUUCAGCAAUGUGGACUAUGGUAAAUACUAUCCAACUUAUAAGUCUCCUGCCUCUGUGCAAUGUUAACUAUCCCCCAAUAACCCUAUUGAUAUUUGAAAAGAUGCUUGGAUCUCAUGGAGAAUCUACCAUCAUUCCUAAUUUUCUCUAUGAUAAACUCAUAGCAAGACCUGGAUCAUAGGUUAUCAUAGAACCAGCUCUUAACCAUAAAUUUGACACCUAUGGCUGGCAAAUAAGCAAUUUCAUUUAUUUAUCUGGAAGGAAAAUCAUAAUUUGGACUCUAAUCAUUGUAGCAUAUCCAUUCGUUUGGUAUAUGAAAAAUAAAUAUUCAGAUAAGCAUAAACUUUGCAAAUUAUGGGUUGGAACUGAGUAGAAAUUUAGAUAUACCUUGCUUUUGAGAGGAGUGAUUAUGUCAUAUGUAUCGAUGUAUUUGGCUUUUGUUUUAGGGAUUUUCCAAAUGAAUUUAACAACAAUGGAAAAUACCAUAUCGGCCUUCACAGCUAUUGCUUUUGGAAUCAUUUUAACAUAUCUACCGAUUUUGCUGAUGAAUAUACUCUAAAAAAAUUAUGAAAAGAUAUAAAGUGAUAAAUUUAUGCUAUCAUAUUCUACAGUUGUAAAAGAAGUUGAUCUCAGUCACCCAAUCAGAUACAUGUAUUAUCCAGUCUUCCUAUUAAGGAGAGCCGUCUUUUCUAUCUCGCUUGUUUUAUUUGCUGAAAAGCCAUAGGAUCAGAUAAUAUUUAUGAGCAUGACUGCUAUUGUAAUGAUGGUGUAUGUAAUCCUAAUAAAACCAUAAAAAGAUAGAGUGAUGAUUAUUUUGACAGCAUAUGGUGAAGGUCUAAUACUAUUCUUGCACAUAUUCUCAUCUUUAUUUUUGGAUGAUAACUUAUCUGAGGAGAAAUCUAAUCUCUAUGGAUGGUUAGUCAUUGUUAUCAUUGGCUUAUACAUUUUGACUAACUGGACAGUUAUCAUAAUAAUAACUGUGAUUUAAAUGAAGCAAAAUUGGAAAGACUACAAAGAAAAGAAGAAGAGUUAAAAGAUUAAGACUGAAGAAGAUAUGGAAUAUAAAAAGUGGAAAAAGAAAAGGUAAAUCAAAAAGAGAAUUGAUAAAGAAAUCGAAAGGUAAAGCAUGCUUGACAAGUUUGAAAAGGAUCAGCUGGGUUAGAGUAUGAAUAUUACCAAUAAUUUACUAUCACCCAUUCCGUUGAAUAAGAAUAAGAGCAAUAACAGCUAAAUGUCUCUACUAAAUUUACCAGAUUAUAGUUAUGCUAACUUCAGACAAAACAGCUAAUUAAUAGAUAUUGACUCAAAUAACAUUUUCAAUAACUAAGCAUUGAUAGAGUAGAUUGAAGAAGAGCAAUUGCAUUCAAGAAGAUCUAACAUUAACUCAAAGUAAAUUUCCAUUUAACCUAAAAUCUUACAGAAAUCAGGCGAAGUAUCAAAGCUCUUUCAACCUAUAGAUGCCUACUAAUUCUAAUCAAGUAUUUUAAACAGAAAUGAAUCAGAAUUCCCCUCAUUAACUUCUCACUCAACCUUAAAUUCAUACAUCUAGUAACGAUUAGCUGAAUUCGAGGAAAACCAUAUCUAUUUAGAAGUCAAGUAAGCUGAAUGA